AUGUCUUCAGCUGCAGUGUUGACCGCCUUGCCCAAAUCGAAAGCGAAUACGGAACAUGGCCCUACACUCGCCAGCAAACCUUCUGGAGACGCUGCAGCCGCGUAUCACAACGAGGCCACAAUACGAGACAAUCCAUAUUUCGAACAUCCAGAUCAAAUUGAAGCUUCUGGAUCAAAGUACAACCAAGGCAUCGAAAAUCUCGUAAUCGUCUGUUGUCAUGCCAUCUUCCAUCCCGACGUCGAAGCGCCUGACUUCCCCACUCACAACCCUCACGACGAGAGCAAUUGGUAUCUAGCACCUUUCCAGAGUUAUGAUCAAACGUCGGGCAAGCCGGGCGAGCACGAGACGUUUCUAACGCACAUUCAAGCCGGCCUUGACAUCAUGACUACCGGAGCCAAUGCCACCUGGAAGGAAGAUGUCCCAUGGAACCAGGACAGCACAAUACUAAUCUUCAGUGGUGGCGCUACCAAGCAAAGCCUCACAUCCCUAAGCGAGGCUCGCUCUUACUACCAUGCAGCGCUAGCUCAAGAGCUUUGCCAGGGGCACAUUGGUGGCGGUCGUGCUCACCAGCUGUAUAGCAAAGGGCGAAUACUGCUCGAAGAAGACGCCACCGACUCCCUCCAGAACCUGCUGUUUAGCAUCUUAUUGUUCCGCCGAACGAUUGGUCAAUACCCAAAGAACAUUCGCAUCAUCACACAUGCGUUCAAAUCGAAACGGUUCCUGGAACUGCAUGCGCCUGCCAUUCACUGGCCUAGAGAUCGCAUACAGAUCCAAGGCAUCGAUCCAGUCAUGUCGAGCGCGGAGAUUGAGAGCACGCUGCAAGGAGAAGAGAAAUUUGGGUACGCUCCCUGGACGCAGGACCCGUUGGGGACAGAGGAAGUGCUCAGUAGGAAGAGGAAACAACGUGGAUGGAACGAGCAGCAAGUGAAGGAUCUCACAGAUGGACUUGAAGAGAGUGUUAAAACUUUGCUGAUUGGCGAAGCUUCGGAAGAUCUGCCCUGGGCGAAGAUGCCGAAGAGAGAAGUGAAGACUAUCUCUGGACCACCGCCUCUUCGUUACUAG